AUCCAUCAGUAAAUUCUUAGAAUUAUAAGUUUUGUGGAUUAUAUCGCCUUAUCUCACAAAUCUAAUUGUACAAAGGUUAAAUCUAUACAAGUGAUAAGAGAUUCCAACUUUCAAUUGUUAUAAGUGAAUGUUGGAUGAGUAUUGAUUAAUAGAUUUGAUCUACCAAAAUAAUAUUUAUACAACUAAAUCUUACUAAACAUUUCACAUUUGUCUCAAUAAACCCUUUUGAAUCAUCCUCUCUUUUGAUUUCAGAUUCGAAUUCGAACCAGAAAGAUUAGAUUUUUUUUUUGUUUUGUUUCAAGGGAUCGGUGAUUUGAAUAUGCAUAGAUCUGGCACUACAAUGGCGUGGAACGUCUUCAAAUUCUGUACAGCUCUACGAGGGCUCGGUUCGAUCAUGAUCCUUCUGGUCUUGGGUGUUGUUGGUGUAACAUAUUACGCCGUCGUUUGGACCAAUUACGGACCGGCACUAUCAGCUGGAGGGCUCGAUUCUCUUGCUGCUCUUGCUAUUAUACUCCUUUUCCAUUUCUUGUUGGCAAUGCUUUUGUGGAGCUACUUCUCUGUUGUGUUUACUGAUCCUGGUGUUGUGCCUCCUAACUGGAGGUUAGCUUCAGACGAGGAACAACGAGGUGGCGAGUCUGAUCUGUUAAACAGUUUGGAGUUUGGCGGGUUGCAUCCCGAUUCUUCCAACCAAAGAACUCGGUUUUGUAGAAAAUGCAGUCAACCUAAACCUCCUCGUUGCCAUCACUGCUCUGUUUGUGGUCGAUGUGUGUUGAAAAUGGACCACCAUUGUGUUUGGGUUCUUAACUGUGUCGGGGCACUUAAUUAUAAGUAUUUCCUUCUUUUCUUGCUUUACACCUUUUUGGAAACAACUCUUGUGACUUUACUUCUCAUGCCGCACUUCGUAGCGUUCUUUAGCGAUGAAGAGAUACCUGGAACCCCAGGCACCCUUGCUACUACUUUUCUUGCAUUUGUUUUAAACCUGGCAUUUGCUUUGAGCGUUAUGGGUUUCUUGAUCAUGCACAUCUCCCUGGUUUCCGGCAAUACCACAACUAUAGAGGCAUAUGAGAAGAAAACAAGUCCAAAAUGGCCAUAUGACCUCGGUCGAAAGAAAAACUUCGAACAAGUAUUUGGUACGGAUAAAAUGUACUGGUUGAUUCCAGCAUACUCAGAAGAAGAUCUAAGACGAAUGCCGGAACUUCAAGGGCUCGAAUACCCUUCCAAACCGGACUUUGAUUCCCAAGAUUUCUGAAGUAAGAAUACCUUCUUUACUGUAACAAUACCCUUAGAGAUGACAGUGACAGAGACUGAGAAAGAAAGACAAUGAAAAUGACUUUGGAGGAGUUAAACCUACUCUUAACUUUAAAAAGACUCAGCUUCCAGCUUACACGGUGUGUCGUAUCUUCCCACGGAUAGAAGAAAACGCUUAGACUAAGUGCAAAAAUCAGAUGAUAUUUUGUAAUUUCCAUGUGAAUAUUGAUUAGAGUUAACAAUGUUAGAGCACGUUGAAAUAGAAUCCUCCCUUUGGUUAAGUUACUGAUUUAUUUUUCUUAAAAGUCUAUUCCUUUUGUUAAAACCUUCAAGGCUUGCCAUUUGAUUUUUGUGGUAGCAAAAAAUAAAUAAAAAUUCACAAGGAUGAAGAAUGUUGAAGAAGCUUCUAGGUUAUGGUGUAAUGACACGUGGCACAAUCUCAAACGUUCUUUUCUGUUAAAAUUGAGGUUUAUAUACAUAUAAAAAAAGAAAUAGAAAAACAGAGGUACUCUGUUUGGGCUCUUCUCAACUUCUCUCGCAAGUUCUCAAAUUCUCUACAA